UUCACUAUUGCCCCCUCCCUCUCCGUCAGUCGGGGUUCGUUUGCCGCGUUAGAAGGUUGUGUUGCUGUUCGCGCUGUUUCGGCUUCGAUCCGCGUAACUUUUUUUACGAAGUUGUGACACGAAUUAACAGAAAUCACGUUCGAUUAUAGUGAAGUGCAAGAACGGAGUAUUAUUGGACUUGUUUUAAGUGAUCCAUCGUGUGGUACUGUGAGUGUGGUUUUCGUCACAGGUGUCGCAUUCCACGAGGGACGCCGACACAGCCUCCGUAGGUACUCGAUAUUGUGGGCAGGUGAUCCGCUGUACUAUUUGACAUAAUGGAGCUGGAAUUAUGAGAAUCGCAAACGUAUUUUAGACGGCCGACUGACACGGAUCAUCUGAGUAAUGCGAAUACGCCGAGACUGUAAUCGCUGCUGAGAUGGCGCGAUGGAGCGCGCUGAUCCAGCAUGGCCGCCUCACUUGGUUCAUUCUCCUCAGCUUGCUGCUGUCCACAGACGCGACUCCUGGUCCAUGUGAAGUGGAAACGGGACAGUCUAGUAUCAUAGUCGAUAUCGAAGAGAGUAGAGGGAACCAAGUGAAUCAAAGCACGACACCGCCAAUUCUGCCUAUAGUCGGGGAGCCAGGUGACGACGUAGUCCUGUCCACCGUGUUCCCGAAAGGUCCAACGCUGUUCCAGCUGGAUGGGAAGCGGCUGCAGCUGCUGCAGCCGCUGGAUAGGGACGAGGAGAAUCUAUCGCAUAUGGUUUUUCAGUUGGUGUGCCAAGUGAAAGCGAGCAAGAAGCGGCGCACCAUACCUGUUAUAGUGAGAGUAUCGGACAUCAACGACAACGCGCCGGUCUUCCAAGGGGUGCCGUAUGAGACCGACGUGUCAGAGCUCGUACCUGUAGGCACGACAAUAUUCGACGCUGUCAAAGCAGUUGAUUCUGACGCCGGGGUCAACGGCCUUGCGGAAUACUUCAUAAUCCCCGGGGACAAUGCUACCCUGGAGAGUAGUAACGCAGUGGACGGCUACGGCUACUUCGCUAUGCCGCUACCGCAUCAGGGACAGGUUACUGUCAACAGGAGCCUGGAUUUCGAGCGCACGCAGAAGUAUCUAGUCACUAUUGUUGCUUCUGACCGCGCUCGAGAUAUCAAAAGGCGACUGUCCAGCACCACGACCUUGACGAUCAAUGUGAAGGAUGACGAUGACCAGGACCCUUCAUUCAUAUACAAGGGUUGUACGCUCCAUGAAGGAGCUUGUUUUAACCCAGAAUAUUCUAGUUAUGUUAACUCUGGCGUCCUAGCUGGCAUCCUCAGCAUAGAUCCAGAAAAGAUCCAAGCAGUCGACAUGGACACAUUGGACGCGCGUAUUAAAUUUAGUAUAGAAAGUGGCGAACCAGACUCCUGGGAGAAGUAUUUUGCGAUCGACCCCAAUAGUGGGGCAGUGAGGCAGUUGGUAGCUGUGGACACCACUAUAGCCAAGAAGUUCCAACUAAUUAUUAAAGCGGAGGAAGUAACUGAAGCGAAGCGUUUCACAACCGCCAAGCUGACCAUAACAGUGAGGCCGGUGGACUCCAGCCCUCCAGUGGUGGAAGCGUCAGCAGAAGAAGGACAAGUGGAGGAGAACUCAGCGAAGGGCACCAGGGUACUCGACAUGGAUAUGGACCCUGUGAGGCUUAGGGUGUCCGACCCUGAUUUGGGGCCUGGCGAUCCAGUCCCAAAGUAUUCGUUCGAGCUGACCACCAACUUCUUCGACAUCGACAGCGAUGGCUACCUCAUCGUUAAUGAUGAUAAACUGGACAGGGAUCCCCCGAACCCCGGCAAGUUUAGGUUCCAGGUGGUAGCGCGAGAAGCCAACGGCGGCGCAGCAUCGGCUCCGCUGUCGUUAGCAGUGAGACUUUUAGACCAGAAUGACAACGCGCCUGUUAUACCGAAGACGUUACCGAUCACCGUGCCCGCCAGCUUGGAGCCCACUGCUGUUCAUAAGGUGGAAGCGACGGACAUAGACGAGGGUGAGAACGCACGAAUCUCGUACAGCAUCUACCACGUUUCUAACAAUGGCGGGAACAAAUUCACGAUUGACCCUAACACUGGAGUUAUAUCGAGUACAAGCCGCCUCCAAGCCGGGGAACAGUAUUCUCUCACCGUUCGAGCCACAGACGCCAAAGGGCUCAGUUCACAAGGAAUAGUGGAGCUGUCAGUAGCACCUGGACCUAAUACCAGACCGCCACAGUUUUCGAGUAGAGAUUACUUCGCGCCCGUGUCUGAGGGCGCUGCCAUCAACUCCACGGUCACUACUGUCACUGCCAAAGAUCCGGAAAACGAGCCAGUGACGUACUCCAUCGUGUCCGGGAAUGAUCUGCGGCAGUUCGCGAUCGGAGCCAACACCGGUAUCAUCACCGUCAUCAGGAGGCUGGACAGAGAAGUUCUUACUAGAUACCAAUUGAUGGUGAAAGCUGAAGAUCCAGGCAAGUUGUCAAACACAGCUACAGUGAACAUCAAAGUCACCGACAUCAACGACAACAAUCCCAAGUUUGACGAAGACUCUUACUUAUUCCAUGUUAAAGAAGGAGUGAAAGGCGACAUCGUAGGCUACGUCCACGCGACGGACAGCGAUGAAGGAGUGAACGCUAUGAUAACCUACAGCCUGCCUUCACACCUGCCCUUCAGCAUUGACAACAGUACUGGAAUGAUCACGACUAACACUGAAUUGGAUUACGAACAAACUAAGGAGUAUUCGUUCGUGGUGACGGCGACGGACGGCGCCAUCGACAAGCGGCUGGGCACGGCGUCGGUGGCGGUGGCGGUGCAGGACGCGGCGGACGAGGCGCCCGCGUUCCCGCAGCUGCUCUACUCCGCGCACGUGCCCGAGAACGCGCGCGACUAUCCGGUCGUCAGGGUGCAGGCUGUAGAUCCAGACACGACACCAGAGAUAACGUACACCAUCAUGAUAGGAGACACGGAGUUGUUCUCAAUAGACCGCAAGACGGGCAUGAUCCGGACGCAGCGGCCGCUGGACCGCGAGACGUCCGCGCGCCACGAGAUCGUGGUGGGCACUGAGGAGAACACGGGCGAGGGGGCGGGGGUCACUACCACUGUGGAAGUGCUCGUUGAUGAUAAAAAUGAUAACGCGCCAAUAUUCACAUCGCUCAUCCGACCAAUCACCAUCGAAGACUCCUCCUCCAUCGGAAGUCUUGUCACCACCGUUACAGCUACGGACGUAGACGCGACCCCCCCUAAUAACAGGGUUAGAUAUAAAUUGGUGGGGAGGGGAAAGGCUUCCAAAUACUUCCAUGUGGAGCCUGAUACCGGUGCGGUUAGGGUACGAGAUGAUUUGAGGAAGGAGACUGAUAGUGAAUAUACCGUUGAUGUGCAAGCAUACGACCAGGGAGAGCCGGUGAUGUCCUCAGUGACCAGUUUAACUGUGUAUGUCAGCCACUCUGCUACUGUUCCUCCAGAUGUGGGUCUAGGUUUCGCAGAUUCCGUAUACACAGAACAUAUAGCAGAGAACGCUAAGAACGGAACCCUAGUCAGGAUACUUCCGGUGCUCAACACCAAGCGACACUCGCCGGAUACUCCAUUAAAGUGCUUACUUACUGACGCAUCGCAGCAAGGAGUAUUCUUCGUGAACUUAACUUUAGAAAGAGACUGCGCGGUCUAUCUCAACGCUACUCUAGACUACGAGAAUCUAACCGAAUACGCCCUUGAAAUCCAACUGGAAUCCAUACAGGGCCUAAUCAACCCUGAAAGCAGUAAAGCCCUAGUCAAAGUCCACGUAACUGAUGCUAAUGAUAAUGAACCAGUGUUCAUUUUCCCGGAACAAAGCACUAUAGUUGGAGCCAAAGGGAAGUACUUCGCGAUCGUUACUAAGGAUAUGUUGUUGGGAACCAACGUCUUGCAAGUUAAGGCGAAAGAUCAGGACAGUGGCGAGUACGGCAGAAUAGUUUACCAAAAGAACUCUUGGAUGCCAUCGGCUGAAGAAUAUUUUGCAUUAGACUCUGAUACCGGAGUCAUAUCGAAUAUUCAGACCUUCGAGAAUGUUCCGCAGAACAUCCUACCUUUCAAAUUUAGCGUGACGGCUAGAGACAAUCCUAAAUCACCACAACUAUAUAAUAUUGCGAGGGCGUCUGUUGUCAUAAAUCUCCUUCGCAAAGAGAACCAAUUAGUCGUAGAGGUGUCCAACAUAAACACAGAAGCGAUGCGACGCCGCGCCAGGGAGCUGCUAACAGCUAUAGAAGACAAGAGCGGUCUAGUUGCUGGCCUUGAGAAGUUGACGGCAAGACAUUAUUUAGGGGAGAAUGGGACGUUGGAGAUAGAUGUUAAAGGGACUGAUGUGUGGUUGUAUCUAGUGGAUCCAAACACGGGUGAAAUACUCACAAGGGACUCUAAUCCGGUCAAAAAAGCUAUAGACAGUAGCGUAAGAAAAGCAGUGGCAGCCCAACUGCAAUCGCCAGUGAGCGAAGUCAGGCCACCACUCAUACCAAAGGAACAACCGCGAAAACCCCAGUUAGCCGCUGCACCGCUGGCCACAGCGCUUCCAGCCGCUUUAAUAGGAUUAGCAGCGCUUGUAUUGGUUGCUGCUACCGCUGCCACGAUUUAUAUUUGCGCUUCUUGGAAUAGAUACAAGAAGCACAAGGAGCAGGCGGUCCAGCAGUACGGCACGCUGAGCCUCAGCCUGCCGCCGCGACCGCCCUCCGGCUACGAGUCCAGCGAGGACGAGCCCGCGCCCAGAUACGAGACUCAGGUUCUCAAUAUGGCUGUGGAUGACGCGGAUUUGCAGCUCGAUUUCAGUCCAAAUAACCACGCAUUUAACAUCCAUAGUGUGCAAUACUUAUCCAAAGAUAACGGCGAACGCAGCCCGACGAUAUCAGAAACCGCAACAACAGCGCGCGCGUCCAGCGUCAACGACAACGCGCACACCCUCAACAACAGCCACAACACUCACAACGGCCACAACAACAACGGCCACUUCGACUCCAUCGCCAACAACGCGCCCGUCGCGCGCAAUACUCAAACACUAAACCGCAGAGGCCCUAACAACCAUGCAUUGAAUAACGCAUUAGGAACUUUACCAAGAGUAAAUAAUAAUACGCCCGGUGGCGGAAUAUUAGCUGCCACGUUGGGGAGGAAAAUCAAUGGCGGGAAUAAUCAUAAGAAAAAAACGCAGCCAAUUAUGGCGUACGAUGAAAUCCCUGGUUUGCAAAGAGCGUCAGAUAAUGAAAACGUAACCUUUGGUAAGAGGAACUUCAGUGGAUACCCGUACGACCAAUCACCGGUAGAGACCACGACUGAACUAUAGACUAGAAUUGUGUGUAAAAAUGUAAAUAACUUAUCUCUUUCUUUUAAGAGUGAGACGUUAUCUGCAGAUGUUGGUUUAUACUGCAAGCAGAUAAUAUCUCAAUUCUAAACAAGCAUAGAUUAGAAAUUAGAUAGAUAUUGAAAUCUCAUACGAAAGACAAAUUCUUUCACCUUAUGUCACGUCUACUAACACGAACAUAUUACAAGGAAAUUAUGAGAAUAGCGAAUAUAACUUAGUUCAUUGUACAUUUACGUAAAUAUACGUAGGUGACGCCACCAAAUCAUCCGUUGCCAUGGCGUACAAGUAAAUGUCAUUUGUGAUCCUUUGAUUAGUUAACGCCAAAGGACACAGUUUUUGCCAGUUAUAUUCCCUAUUUGUCAAAACACUACUUAAAUUUGUUUAUCUGCAGUGAUUCCUAUUGAUGUCGACACCACUAACCGUAUUAAAGAAUAUCUUAAGUUAUUAUAUGCACCUACGAGUUUAUUAGUCAUAUUGGCGCACUUGCAUGUUCUAUGGGAAAGUUAUUGUAAAUUGUCCUUUACAUUAGCAAAAAUUGCUAAAUGGAGAUAAAAACUUAUUUGGGUAGUUUCCAAAAGAACCAAGCCAAUUUAUUAGCCACUAGCCAUACAAAUGAGACGUAAAACGAUCAUAGCUGAAAAUUUUCAAAUUUCAUUAAAGUCGGCUCAGCGAUUAAGCCGUAACAGAUAUAAAGACAGACAGACUUUCACAUUCAUAAUUAUUAGUAUGAACGUAUGAAUUUUUUACUUUAUAUGAAGUUGUUGUGUUGUCUUUAGACGUAUAUUUAGUUUGAAGGUCCAAUUACAUGAUAAAUACAACGUCGUCCUGUUCUUGUGUUACAUUUUUUUUGUGUGGUAUGUACUUUAAAGUCAUAAGCAGAUUUUUUUUAAAACAUUAUUAUAAUAGGAAAUUCUCAAUAGGUACUAAAAUAGCAUGUCUCGAUUUAAUACCUGUAUGCUCACUCUGGGAAACUUUAACGUGAUAUCCCAUUCCGUCCCUUAUAGUAUGUUAGCAUAAUAUAAUUGUGUUCAACGAAUGAUUUUAUUUUAGAUAUCAUUGCUCACUCGACUGAAAUUGAGGAGAAUAUAUCGAAUUUUAGAUAUUAAUGUGGUACUUAACGGUACACUUAGCGAUGGCUAGUCUCGUAAUGAUCGAUUGUGCAUAAUAAUUUAAUUUUGUUUGUAAAUAAUGGAGGCAUUACACUUUAGUGUACAUAAUAUUUAUAAAGGUACCUGAAAUGAAACAGGUACGAAGCAUGAACUUUGUAUAAAUAUAAAAAAUAUUUUUUAUAAAAAAUGUGCACUGAAUUUUGUAUUUUUUUCUUCGUUUUGAUGAAGCGUUUCGCGUAUUUUAUAACAUUUUACAAGAAUACCCAGAUUAUUUAAAGUUUUUUUUUUUAAUAUUUUUGUACGAAUUUUGUGCCAGUUACUAUUAACAAUUUGUAAUUAGUGUGCAAAUGUAUAAUGUGUAUUUUGUACUUAUCUACCAAUAUUGUAUAAAUAAUAAAUGCUCAUAUAUUGUAUCAAAUUCCAAGGUGAAUCGUGCCAAAUAAUAUUCGAACAAAAGAGGAAGAAAUAAAUCAUAUUUAUUUCAAGCUACUAUUGGCUAAGAAAAUGUGUUGUUACCUAAUAUUUCUUUGUAUAGUAUUCUGUAAAGAAUAAAACGCCUUAUGUAAUUGUGCAAACUUAGCCAAUGUAAUAUAAUUGUGUCAUUAAAUUUGUUAAUAAUUUUUGUGGAAUAAAUUAAUUUUAUUAUUUA